UUGAGGUUUUAUGCUCCUGGCCCCAGAAUGAGAAGGAGCUUAGCUCCCAGCCAGCUGGCCAAGAGAAAACCGGAAGCCAGAUGCUCAGAUGAUGAAGACUGGCAGCCUGGGGUAGUUACUCCUAAGAAACGGAAAUCCAGCAGUGAGACCCAGAUCCAGGAGUGUUUUCUCUCCCCUUUCCGGAAACCCUUGAGUCAGCUAACCAGUCGAUCACUGUGUCUGGACAGCAGUCAACAUGAAGCGUUUAUUCGAAGCAUUUUAUCAAAGCCUUUUAAAGUGCCUAUUCCAAAUUAUCAAGGUCCUCUGGGCUUUCGAGCACUGGGCCUGAAAAGAGCUGGGGUCCGCCGGGCCCUCCAUGACCCCCUGGAGGAAGGUGCCUUGGUUCUGUAUGAGCCUCCCCUGCUGAGUGCCCAUGACCAGCUAAAGCUUGACAAGGAAAAUCUCCCUGUCCAUGUGGUUGUUGAUCCUAUUCUGAGUAAGGUUUUGCGGCCUCAUCAGAGAGAGGGAGUGAAGUUCCUGUGGGAGUGUGUCACCAGUCGGCGCAUCCCUGGCAGCCAUGGCUGCAUCAUGGCUGAUGAGAUGGGCCUGGGAAAGACACUGCAGUGCAUCACGUUGAUGUGGACACUCUUGCGCCAGAGUCCAGAGUGCAAGCCAGAAAUAGACAAGGCGGUGGUGGUGUCUCCCUCCAGCCUGGUGAAGAACUGGUACAAUGAGGUUGGAAAAUGGCUUGGUGGAAGAAUCCAACCUCUGGCCAUCGAUGGGGGAUCUAAGGAUGAGAUAGACCGAAAGCUGGAAGGCUUCAUGAGCCAGCAUGGAGCCAGAGUGCCUUCUCCUAUCCUCAUCAUUUCCUAUGAGACCUUCCGCCUUCAUGUUGGAGUCCUCCAGAAAGGAAGUGUUGGUCUGGUCAUCUGUGAUGAGGUACUUGACUCAGCAAGCAGUCUGAGUGGAAGGAGAAAGUCAGUCUCUUCACUGAGCACUGCCGUCCAAGAGCUGCACCGAGCCUAUAGGACUGCCCAUGAGUUCAAGAAGCAUUUUGAACUGCCGAUUUUGAAGGGUCGAGAUGCAGCUGCCAGUGAGGCAGAUAGGCAGCUAGGAGAGGAGCGACUGCGGGAGCUCACCACCAUUGUGAAUAGGUGCCUAAUACGGAGGACAUCUGAUAUUCUUUCUAAAUACCUGCCUGUGAAGAUUGAGGAGGUGGUUUGUUGUAGGCUGACACCCCUUCAGACCGAGUUAUACAAGAGGUUUCUGAGACAAGCUAAGCCAGCAGAAGAAUUGCGUGAGGGCAAGAUAAGUGUGUCUUCCCUUUCUUCUAUCACCUCGCUAAAGAAGCUUUGUAAUCAUCCAGCUCUAAUCUAUGACAAGUGUGUGGAAGAGGAAGCUGGCUUUGAGGGUGCCUUGGAUGUAUUCCCCCCUGGUUAUAGUUCUAAGGGCCUAGAGCCCCAGUUGUCAGGUAAGAUGCUGGUCCUUGAUUAUAUUCUGGCAGUGACCCGAAGCCGCAGCAAUGACAAAGUUGUGCUGGUGUCCAAUUACACUCAGACAUUGGAUCUCUUUGAGAAGCUCUGCCGGGCUCGGAGGUACUUAUAUGUCCGCCUGGAUGGCACAAUGUCCAUUAAGAAGCGAGCCAAGGUUGUAGAACGCUUCAAUAGUCCAUCGAGCCCUGACUUUGUCUUCAUGCUGAGCAGCAAAGCUGGAGGCUGUGGCCUUAACCUCAUUGGGGCUAACCGGCUAGUCAUGUUUGACCCUGACUGGAACCCUGCCAAUGAUGAACAAGCUAUGGCCCGGGUCUGGCGUGAUGGUCAAAAGAAGACCUGCUAUAUCUACCGCCUGCUGUCUGCAGGAACCAUCGAGGAGAAGAUCUUCCAGCGUCAAAGCCACAAGAAGGCACUGAGCAGCUGUGUGGUGGAUGAGGAGCAGGAUGUAGAGCGGCACUUCUCUCUGGGCGAGUUGAAGGAGCUGUUUAUCCUGGAGGAGGCUAGCCUCAGUGAUACACAUGACAGGUUGCAUUGCCGUCGUUGUGUCAACGGCCGCCAGGUCUUUCCACCCCCUGAUGGUUCUGACUGUACUUCAGACCUCGCUCAGUGGAACCAUUGCACUGAUAAGCGUGGGCUCCAGGAUGAGGUACUCCAAGCUGCCUGGGAUGCUACCUCCACUGCCAUCACCUUCGUCUUCCACCAGCGUUCCCAUGAGGAGCAGCGGGGGCUCCGCUGAUAACCAGCUGGUCUGGAUGUAGCUGUUAGAGGAAGGAGAUAGGGAAAAGGGGCUCCUUACCUCACAGGGCCCUACUGAAUUUUGUUCUCUGGGGAAAAAAUCAUCAAGAAGGGCUGCAUGAUGUUUGCCCAAAAUUUAUUUUAUAAGAAAAACUUUUUUGGUUAAAAAAAAAAAGAAAGGAAUAAAAGUAUGAAAGGG